UCAGUCAACCAAGGGAUUUCAGAGACAUUUCGAACAUUAAUUGCAAAAAUGUUUCUUAAAUUCGUUGCUCUGAUCGCCUUCAUAGGCGCCUGCCAGGCCGUAGAACAUGCUUACUCUUCUCAAAGCAUCGUUCGUUUCGACAACCAUCACGACGACCACCACGAUCACAAAGGACAUGAUGAGCACCACGGGCUAGGAGACUACCAUGGACACGAGGAACAUAAGGAACAUGAAGAACAUCAUGGAUUAAGUGAUUACCAUGGCCACGAGGAACACAAAGGACAAGAAGAACAUCACGGACACGAGGUACACCACGAGCACCAAGUGCACCAUGAACAUCAAGUUCACCACGGAUAUGAAGCACACCACGGAAAAGAAGAGCAUCACGACCACAAAGAGAGCGAACACAAAGUUGAGCACAAAGCUGAGCACAAAUCCGAGCCCAAAGUUGAGCACAAAGUAGAACAUAAAGUGGAACAUAAGGUUGAACACAAAGUUGAGCCCAAAAAGGAAUACAAAUACGAGCCAAAGAAAGUCGAACAGACCCACGAACACCAUGUCAGAAUCAUCCCGGUGGUUGAGAAACACGAGGAAGUUCCCGUUGUUACUAAAGUUAUAGCGCCAGUGAAAGUUGUGCCCAUUGUGCAAUACGUGCAGAGCGCCCAUAAAGAGGAAUCUCACCACGACGAUCAUAAGCACGCCAUCUCUUCACAGCACAUUGCCCGCCACGACGUACCUGCUCACCCCCCCAAGGAUUUCGAUAGCCAAUCUGCAAGUAUAACUUACUUAACCAAUUGGGUAUUCGACUAG